CCGUUCUCCAGGAGGCAGCCGAAGCAGAAGAAAAGGCUCCUUGGCGGAGUGAGCGGUAGCAGGGAGGUCUUCGCCAUGGCUUGGAAUCUGCCCGCCCGGAGACGAGCCACCCGGAGCCAUUGCACAUGAGAGCUCCUACCCUCAGCUGUUUUCCAGCCCUCCACGUUGGAGCCCGCUCUGCAAGAAGGCUUUUAAAAUAUCCUGUUCGUGUCUCAGCAUUGAGGGAUGCGUCCACCUCUAGCUUGAAGCCAUAAUGAAAGACGGAACACUUUUCUUCACCCAGUGACUGGCCAGAUUCCAGAAGAGAACAGUCAAUUUGACUUGCAAAACUCUGCCUUGGACAUGUCAAGCAAAGCAGGCAACAAGCGGCCGGCAGCAGUUACUAGUGGUGAAUCAUCCAACCAUACUAUGGUUUCAGAGGUGCCUCAGGAACGACCAAAUGGCAGGGCCUCACGCUCUUCCAGGAAGGGGAUUGCUUUUGGUAAGCGCUCCAAUUCCAUGAAGAGGAACCCCAAUGCUGCGGUGACCAAGAGUGGCUGGCUCUUCAAGCAGGCCAGCUCUGGGGUGAAACAAUGGAACAAGCGCUGGUUUGUGCUAGUGGAUCGCUGCCUAUUCUACUACAAAGAUGAGAAAGAGGACAGCAUUUUGGGCAGCAUCCCACUUCUCAGCUUUCGGGUUGCAGCUGUCCAGCCAUCAGAUAACAUCAGCAGGAAAUACACCUUUAAGGUGACUGUGUGCUGGAUAGAAGAGACAGCAGGGAAUAAUAAGAAGUCCCUCUCUCCCCAGGCCGAGCACGCUGGCAUCCGGACUUACUUCUUCAGUGCUGAGAACAACGAGGAGCAAGAGUCCUGGAUCCAAGCCAUGGGCGAGGCUGCCCGGGUGCAAAUCCCACCUGCUCAGAGGCACGAGAAGACCGAUUCUGAGAACAUCCCCCCCAGCAAAAACCACCAGCAUCUCCACCAUCGCAGCAUUCCAACCAGGGAGCCUGUCAAGGCUGAACCAGAAGCCAAGACCAGAGGGGAAGGUGAUGGGCGUGGCUCUGAGAGGAUUGAAAGGAAACCAGAACGGGAGCGAGCUGAGAGCAAGAAGGAGCCACUGGUGAAAGCCAAUGGCAUUGUGAGUCAAGAAAUGCCCUCUGAGCCUGGAAGCCCUUACCCUGAAGCCUCCCGUGUGCCUGCUGGGGUGGAAAGGCCCUCGCAGCCAAAUGGCUGGCAGUACUCCUCUCCUAGCAGGCCUGGCAGCAUGGCCUACCCACAGCACGAUGGUGAGACUGCUGUGCCUCGCCGGAGCUUUGCGCCUCGCACCAAUCCUGAGAAGAUUGCCCAGAGGAAGAGCUCCAUGACACAGCUGCAGCAGUGGGUGAACCUGCGCCGUGGAGCUCCAGCUCCUGAGGAUCUCCACAGCCCCACUAGGUUCUACCCGAUGUCCCAAAGAGUUCCUGACUACUAUCCCCCAUACUCACCCCAGUACUCUGAGGAUUAUCAGUACUACCCUCCUGGUGUCCGCCCUGACAGCAUCUGCUCUAUGCCUGCCUAUGAGCGCGUGAGCCCUCAGUGGACUGUGGAAGACAAGCGGCACUCUUUCCGCAACAGUGGCUCGUAUCAGCUGCAUGAGUGGAAGGAACAGCCUGGUUACGGCAGACAGGAUGUUCCUGUCUGGCUCCCAGGCCCUGCACGGCAGCCAGUGUACUACGAUGAAAUGGAUGCCGCCUCAGGCUCCCUACGCAGAAUGUCACUCCAACCUCGCUCCCGGUCAGUCCCCCGCUCACCAAGCCAAGGUUCCUACAACAGAGCCAGGGUAUACUCCCCGGUCAGAUCACCCAGUGCCCGCUUUGAAAGAAUGCCUCCCCGGAGUGAGGAGAUUUAUGCUGAGCCAACUACCUACAUGAUGAGGCGAUCGGUCAGUUCCCCCAAGUAUGAUUAUUUGGGUGACAGGAGGCCUGUCCCAGCAGGAAUGUUCCCCUUCAACUAUCCAGCAUCCCCCACAGUCCACGACAAAAUGGAUGAACUUUUAGACCUUCAGUUGCAAAGAAACCUAGAGUAUUUGGACCAGCAGAUGAGCGAGAGUGAGACUUUGAUCAGUAUGGUGAACAGAAUGGUGGAGAGCUCUUCCCCUAGGGCUCAGCUGUACAUGCAAGUGUCUCACUUCCCUGAAGCUUACCGAGAGACACUGCACACCUACAAGCUAAGCGAGCAAGACACCGAUAAGCUCCUGGGCAAGCUCUGUGAGCAAAACAAAGUAAUGAGGGAACAGGAGAGGCUGGUGCAGCAACUUCGUGCAGAAAAGGAGAGCCUAGAGAGUGCACUUAUGGGGACACACCAGGAACUAGAGAUGUUUGGGAGUCAGCCAGCCUACCCUGAAAAGCUGCUGCACAAGAAGGAAUCCCUCCAGAACCAGCUAAUCAAUAUCCGGGUGGAGCUAUCCCAAGCCAGCACGGCAUUGGCCAACAGCACCAUAGAAUAUGAGAACCUGGAGGGUGAGGUGUCAGCCUUGCAUGAUGACCUGUGGGAACAGCUGAACUUGGACAUCCAGAAUGAAAUGCUCAAUCGGCAAAUCCAGAAGGAGAUCUGGCGGAUCCAGGACGUGAUGGAGGGACUAAGGAAGAACAACCCCUCUCGGGGCACAGACACUGCAAAGCACAGAGUGACCCUUGGCCCAUCAGGAACCUACAGCUCCAACAGCCCAGCCAGCCCUUUGAGCUCAGCCAGCCUCACAAGCCCCCUGAGCCCUUUCUCUCUUGUGUCAGGAUCCCAGAGCUCCCCUACCAAGCAAGGCAGCAAUGAGGAGCCUGGUCCACCUCGACCUCCCCUCCCUAAAUCAUAUGUGCCCUUGGAAUCUCCUCCGACUGUCCCUCCGCUCCCUACUGAAAGCCGCCUCUGGCCGUAUCCUAGCUCCCCUUCCUGGCAGCAAAGCAGCGAGGCGAAGAGGGGACAGUCCAAGUCCAGUUUUGAGCAGAGCAAGAAGGACCAUCACCGGAUAUCCGCUUCAAACCCUACAGUGGAGGCCGGGCUCUUGCAAAUGAGACAAGAGCAAGAUGCUGAUAAGCAAGUGGCUCUCAACAAAGUUGGCAUUGUUCCCCCAAGAACCAAGUCACCCAUGGAUGAGGACACAACACCCAUAUCGGGCGUGGUGAGGAGGAGUGCCAGCAACCUAGCCAAUGGGCUUAACUCCCGGGACAGGCCAAAGAGUGCAGUGUUUUCCAAUGAGAUGAAGGCGAAGAUGAGUGUAGAGGAGCAGAUUGAUCGCAUGAAGCGCCACCAAAGCGGUUCUAUGAAGGAGAAGAGGCGGAGCUUGCAGCUUCCAGCCAAUCAGCAACAGGCAGAUAGCCCUCUCUCUAAAGCACCAGCCUCUUACAAAGUGGUGCGUAGACAUCGUAGCAUCCAUGAGGUGGACAUAUCUGACCUGGAGGCAGCAUUACGCUCCGAAGACUCUGGCAAGAUGUAUGAGACCCCCCGGGAGGAAAUUGCUCGCCUGCGCAAAAUGGAGCUGGAACCUGAGCAUUAUGAUGUAGACAUCAGUAAGGAGCUUUCCACCCCAGAUAAAGUCCUCAUCCCGGAAAGAUACAUCGAACUGGAGCCUGAUACGCCACUGAGCCCUGAGGAGAUGAAGGAGAAGCAAAAGAAGGUGGAAAGGAUAAAGACGCUCAUUGCCAAAUCCAGCAUGCAGAAUGUGGUCCCUCUCAAUGAGGGAGAAGUGGACAUGCCCCAAGACUCAGAGACCCAGCUACAGGAGCAGGAGAAGCGGAUAGAGAUCUCCUGUGCCUUGGCUGCAGAAGCCUCCCGACGGGGCCGCAUGCUCUCUGCUCAAUGUGCCACCCCGAGCCCUCCCACCUCCCCAGCCUCCCCGACUCCACCGACCAAGUCCCUCUCGUCUGACUCAUCCCAGGGUGCCGACAGCCAUUUUAUGCGUGUCUGAGCCAUAAACACAGGCCCUGGCUGCUGUGAACGCUGUGAAAUUCCACGGAGCCACAUUUUAAUACACGAGUCUGCACCCCGACACAACCCCUAAACAAUGCACUCGGUCAUUGUUACAGUUCUCUCGGAGCCCCUCCUUCGUUGAGCUGUGAGAACAUUCAGAAAGGAAAAGCUGCCUCUGAGGAAAACAGGGGUGUCUCACCUUGGCCCAAGUUUCCCCCACCCCUGCCACCACCAUGGCCCAUACCAGCUGCCCAGACAAGCCCUUUGAAACCAGUAGUGGAUGCAGCACCAAGGAGUGGUUUCCAUUCCACAAGACAGGUCCUCUCCAUCAGUGGGACAGACUCCAUGCCAAAGGACUAGCAGCUUAAGGUCACCUGGUGCCUGGAGUUAUCUUGGUAAAGAGACAGCCCUGGACUGGAACAGGGUGCUGGUGAAAGCAGGGGGAAGCAAAGCUUCCCACACUAGUGUGGCUGUCUUGUGGGAUACAUCCUCUUCUACUAGGGCAGGGAAGGCAGAACUGUGUGAAGAAUUACUUGUCUUUCCAGGGAGUUUGUAACUCUCCACUCAAGUAAGCACCAGAUUUUCUUCCUCUCACACCUUUGGUGUCUCCUCAGCCAACCAGAAUGGCUUUAGCGUCCUUAGUCUCUGGAGCUAAGCAACCUGUGAAAUCUUGCACGGCCACGCUUCUCUGCUUAUGCUCACAACCAUUCACAGGAAAGGAAAAAGGGAGAGGCAUGAAUCGACAAACAGAACUUAAUGUAUGUGGAAGGUGGAAAAACACUACUGAAACAGAAGGCUGCCAGUGUCUGAGGGGGGAAAGCAGAAGAAGCUUUGGAGUCUGCUAGCUUGCAGGAAUAUUGCUACAGCGGAGAUAUGCUGAGGUUCUCUUCUUUCCAAAGCUGAGAGUGGGGUGGAACAGAAGGUGUGUGCAAUGUAUGUGGACAUGUAGUGAGGGUGUGGAUGAAAGAGAUGGUGGGGGACUGAGAAUUGAAAACUUAGAUGGCCGGAAUUAGCCUCUAGGUGAGCUUUAAUGCCUUCUGUGACUCAGUGAGACCUAUUUGCCUGUAGACACAAAGCAAAACUGGGAUUGGGUGGGUGAUGUUUCUUUCUUCUUGCAUCAGAGCCAGUUCAGAAUCAAGCUAUCAAUGCAUACCCACUGAAGAUGGGGUUGUAGCUCAGUAGAAGGUCACAUGCUUUGCAUGCAGAAGGUUCCAGUUUCAAUCCCUGGCAUCUCCAGGGAGGGCUGGGAAAUACCUGUCUGAAACCCUGGAUAGACAGCACUGAGCUAGAUGGACCAAUAGACUGUUUCUGUAUAUGGCAAUUUCCUGUGUACUAUGUAGCUGCCUCCUAAGUGCUCCAGGUCAUAAAUAAAUUUCGAAGACAAAGGGCCAAGUAGGGAACUAUGUGCUGGACAGAUUGCUACAGCUUCAGCAUCUUAUGUACCAUCCCUUGAAUCAAUGGAUUCUGCUGCUGAAGACAAAAUGAGAUGGGUCACGAGUCGGUCCCCAUGGGAUAGAUGAAAUAAUCUUCUCCUGGCUGCUCUCCUCAGUGAGUCCUCUCUAUUCUGAAUGGCAACGGUCAUGAUGGAUCUCUGCCAUUCAUAAUGUCUCUGUUCUCCAGCGGAGCAGGCUGUAGGUGAUUUGGAAGUAGUUCUCACACACAUCUUUAACCACCUUCUCUGUGAAGACUACAGCUGCAUGGUAAUCAUUGCUGGGACCUUUCAGAGGAACUGGUCUUCUGUACCGAGAGGACAGAGCAUUGCUCCACCUGCUCCAGUCUCAUCCCAUCUCAAAUGAACCUGCUCUCCCAAAUGAGGUUCCAUUGUUUCCUCAAUAGUUGGAAAGAACAAUUUAUUUAUUCAUUCAUUCAUUCAUUCAGUUUUUAUGCCACCUUUCCUAAAGCAUCUCGAGGCGGUUUACAGAAGUUAAAAAACAAUAAAAUUCCCUUAAAAUCACAUAGAAAACCUUAAAAUCAGUUAAACAACGGGGCUGUUCUCAUGCACAGACAAAACUGGACUAAGGAAGCCUAGCCCAGCUUUGCAGGCACAUGAGAACCACCAGGAACCCUGCAGCUCUCAGCAGUGGUGUGGCAUCAAACCCGCCUCUGGAGCCCGCCUUCAAAAUGAGGUUAAGGGAGCAAGCUGGUAGGAGAGGAGAGCUGAUCUUGUGGUAGCAAGCAUGACUUGUCACCUUAGCUAAGCAGGGUCUGCCCUGGUUGCAUAUGAAUGGGAGACUAGAAGUGUGAGCACUGUAAGAUAUUCCCCUUAGGGGAUGGAGCCACUCUGGGAAGAGCAGAAGGUUUCAGGUUCCCUCUCUGGCUUCUCCAAGACAGGGCUGAGAGAUAUUCCUGCCUGCCAGUCUGGGUAGACAGUACUGAGCUAGAUGGCAGCUUCCUAUGUUCCUAUGUAAGCGCUCCCUUAACCUUGUUUUUUUCUAUUGUCUGCCAGCCCCAGCUGCUUGCAGCCAGGGCUGGGAGCUUGCAGGGCUCCCUGCUAGUGUCAGGGGAUCCCCAUAAUACUCAUGCCGUGCAUUAUGGGAGUUCUGAGGGCCUCCCAGCCCCCAAAUCUCCCUGCUGCCAGAAGUGGCGAAGGAUCAUCUGGUUGUGUGAUCUGCACACCCAGCAAAGAGGAAUGGAUCAUUUGUGGGGGAGGUAAGCUUUUAAAGCCUUCCUCCCCUCACCCCUUGAAGCCCUUGGAUCGUGAGAAAGGGCUCAAUAAAAACCAUAACACACCAAAAAGCACCCACCACAAAAAAGACCACAGAAAUAGGAGAGCUGAGAGACCUGACAUCCCCUAAGGGGUAAAAGCCUGAAGAAAUAAAAAGGCCUGUAGUUGUUUUUUAGAAGCAGCUACAGAUGUCAAAGAGUAGAGAUUCACUGGGAGAGCAUUCCAGAGCCUGGGGACAACAACAGAGAAGGCCCUGUCCUGCAUGUACAACAGUUUAAACUCUCUCAAUGUCAGCACAAGAAUGAAUGCAAAAGGGAGAUAGAUUAAUUCAGGCACAGAUAAAGGACUCAGGAGAUUUACUUAUCUUCAGUUAAGGUACCAAGAUCCCCCCCCCCCGCCUCUGUAGUUUAUUCCAAUAGUUCUAAUCCAGUUGUCCAACACUAUUUGGACCCAGGAGUCUUAUUUAGAUCACGGGUCUAAUUCAGACCUUCUUUUCCAUCUGUAAGGAAACAUACAUAGUAAGGCCUUUCUGACUCGACUGGGACAGAGAUAAUCAGCUUCUGGAUUCUUGGGAGCUACUCUGUUGUCCAGACAGUGUUCCAAGAGCUGGAAAUAUAUCUUGUCACACAUUCUGACCCCUUUGCAAGUGGUUUGGUUCUGUACUAAAGUUGGCACAACCUCACAGUAAGGGCUUUGCAGGUCUGUAACACAGCACUCAGGCAUGGACAGGGCAUUACACAGACCCAGAAAGAGAUAUAACUGUAUAAUGUAGAAUCUCUCUCUCAUACACAGAAAUUUUCUUUUCCUUAUAAGUAGACCUGUAGACCAGGUGUUUUCCUAUUAAAGUUUAGUAAGGUCACUGCAGGGCAGAUACUAUUGCUUCACAGACCACAUGCAACCUGCAGGCCACCAACUGGACAUACCCAAUGUUGGGUUCAGCUGGACAAAGUCUUCCCAAAGUAGUUGCUUCAUUCUGCCUCAAAUUAUAUUUUGGUGGAAAUAACCAAACUGUGUUGACUAUAGAUCAGAAAACAGAGAUGCAGCUGGCUUUUCCAAAGAGCUUACCUCUUAAAUUCCAUAAAGCUAGAUUUUCAGAACUGGAUUCUCACCCAGCCAACAUUCUGGGCUUCUACGGAAUUGACACUUCAGAUUGUAAUUUGACUUCUAAGUGGCAAUUUAGUUCUUUUGAAAUGUUGAUACAGUCACAAAAGAGGUUAGUAACUUCAUUCAGGGCUUGAUUUUGACACAUUCAUUCCCAUAAAUGUGUUUGCUGGUUUUAUUCAAAGAUAUAUCAAUUCUGGAAAUUCUGUUUCCAUACAGAAAUAUAUGAAAUAGCACUGCUUCAAUGUCUAAAAUCUGCAGUUUGAAAAUGAAAUAUUCAAGUCUAAUUUAGACUGAGUAUAAGUUUUGUUUCCCUACUUCCAAAUCAGUGCUCAAAUUAUCAGGGCAAAGGGGGCUGGCCCCUAUUGUUUGUGAUGUCCCCUUGGGUAAUGUUUUUAGAAAGCUACAGUGGGAGUGUGAUUUGGCUAAAGUUGGGCAAAGUUAUCCAGGGUACAUGGUUAUAUAUCAGCAGAUGACAAGCCAAUGAAAGUAAGGGCUAAACAGGAGAUGAUGAUGGCAGACCCAUUGCUUUAAGUGCAGGUUCAUUCUAGUCUCAUAUGUAGCGGAGAUGGGUGAAGACUGAAGAGUCUGAUUUAAGAGCAAAAGUGGUGUGCAAGAGAUGAACCUUCUCCAUGCUCAAUGCUUAUUGCCCCCAGCACCCUACAGGUGCUUUUGUCCCAGGGAGGCUCACUUCUCAGGGCCCAGCUGAGAAAACAGUUAUGUUAUCAGUCAGUUUGUAGAGUAGAGCAGUAAACUGUGUGGGAAGGACAGUCAUCACCUCAUGCACCCUUUAUCUCUUUAAAUCAGAUGCACAUGCACACACAUUAGCUCUAUUCCAACAUUAUAGCAUAAGUACAUACAUUCUCUAGACACAUGUGCAUGUUUUUGUUGUGUGAAUGACUGUAGAUGUCUUCAUUUAAAAAGUGAACCUGGGUACAAGCCCCCUCAAAUGCAUGGUAGAAUUAGGAAAUGUACUACUGUACAUGCACUGAACAUAAUGUGUGGGAUAGCUGUCCAUGUGUCAAUGCAUGUACAAUCUAGGUACGGUGGGCCACAUACAGCUCUGCAAAAUGUAAACAAUUCAGCACUGUCCACAGUACUGUAUGUGUCUAAGCCACUGCCCACACUGUUGCACAAUUUUAAAUAGGAGUGGAACUGGGCAGUGAUUUAGAUCACACAGCUGUGUGGGCAGCUGAACCAUCCACAUGUCACUGCACUAUAUGUUGACCGCUGUAGCUAGAUUGUACAUGCAUUGAGCAUGAUGUGUGACUAGGGCUACAGUGUAUGAGUAAUUGCAGGAGCUCUGUCUACAAAAUGAAAAGGAACAACUACAGAAUCUCCGUGUGAUAUCUUCCAAAGAUAAGCAUGCAAAACCAGUCUUCACCAAGACUUGGUUUUCCCUUUAUAUAGCUCUUGUAAUUUAAGGAUGUGUCAAUGGGAUGGGGCUGACUCAGCACAGUAAUCUGCAAGAUGAGCAGAUUCUUUUCCAAUCCCAGUGUUUAUCCCUGCUGGUCCUCAUAGGGGAGACUGGGGAACUGGGGAAAGAGCAACAAUGGCACAGUCUAUUGGAAAGCCUCUUGUACAAAUUAUUGUACAAUACGGUCUCUUUUGUCAGGUUCUGUUUCCUGCACAUUCAUUUUAACACCAAAGUAGCAACUGGUGAAGUUUUCACCUGGUCUCUUCCAAGAACCCACAUCAAUAGAUAUCGACCAGAAUUUUAGGUUCUCCUCAUCUGUCACAUAACACAGUGGAGAAUUGUUGGCAGGCGGCUUUUUAAUCAGUAAUUUUUCCACCUUCCUGUUUAAUAGAAACUCUGAAUUCUUAAAACAAAAAAAUAACCCUUUGUGCAAUAGAUAGAACACUCCAGGAAUCAGUGUUUUAGUUCGUAGUUUAGUUUCUCCUUUAGCAAUACACGUGACAUUCCACAAUAAUAAUAUUAAUAAUUGUUAUUAUUGGCUCUACUCCUGUAGCAGCACCUAUUAGCUCAUAAAAGCUGUCCCUUCAUAAUCCUCUACAUGCCUUAAUAUAUGUUUUAUGGAAAUUAUACAGUGAUAUGUGCUUACAUAUAUAUCUAUAUAUUUGUUUUUCUUUUCUCAUCAUACUGUUUCGUUUUGUGCUAACUUUUUCUUUCUCUGUGUACAGGGCCACUGAAGUCAGCCCUGUCUUUGAGUUACUGAAAUUGAGUCACUUUGGGCAGUUUAUCAGAAUAAUUAAAAGAAGAAGAAUAUUUAAAUAAAUAAAUAUAUUUUCUGCUUUUAUUAAAAGCACAUUUAUUUAAAAUAAAUAAAAAGUGUCCAUGUAAAGGAAUGAUGCAUUUAUUUCCCUGGUGUUCGGCACGAUGGUGCUUUGUAUGUCAGGGGCCCAGUCCUCAAUGGAUACCACUGGCAUAGCUCAGUUGAAACAUGUGAAGCUAAGUUAACUGCAGCCUGUUGGGUCUCUGGCCUGGAAGGUACAAUGUAGGACUUUAGCAUAUCAGGGACCAUAAAGAUUGUCUUGCUGGUACACAGCAAUCCCACUGGGAUCCUUGCAAUAGAGGUGGCUUUUUAAUGUCAAUGCCACUUUUUCUUUUUGUGUUUACCUCCCUUGUGUUCACGUGAAUGUGUUUUAAUAUGGCUAGCAGAGAGGUUCCCCUGCAAAGCAGCUGGUCUCUCUCUCUCUCUCUCUCUCUCUCUCUCUCUCUCUCUCUCUCUCUCUCUCUCAGUCAUGAUCACUCUCCCAGCUGCUAACCUUCCCUUCACACAUUCUGUGGUGUUGGGGAUAAGUGAACCCUUCUGAUGGUACUUGCAUUUUUCCUUGUUGUGAAGGUAUCCUUGGAAGAUUCUAAAUGGCGGUAGCUCAGUAGCAAGGGAAAGUAGGAACUGAGGAAAGGCCUAAUUUUGCCACCUAAAGGAUUGUCUGUUUAGACUUCACCCUCCCUGCCCACACAUCAUUGAGAGGGCUCCUCAUUCUCUCUCUUUGGGGGGACCCUGAAGUCGAGCUCCUACUUGUGGGCAAGAUGUGGAAGUCACUUUGAAAGGAUUAGUGGAGCCAUUCUACCAGCAUUGAAGUUACAGGGGGUGCAGCAAGGACUGUACCACUUUCGGGGCCUCUUUUUUUUCUGUCAAGAAAGUGCUGGAGCCUAGUCCCUGCUACACUCUCCCCAGCAACUUGAGUACUUCUCUCUGCCAUUGAGGAAGGGUAAAAUAAAUGGCAUGAAGAAUGUGAAGGAAUUUUCUCCACCUCUCACUAGCCCUCUGUCAAUUAAAGCUAGGUAGAAUCUGUGACCAAUUAUUGCUAAUGUCACUUUAAGCAUUUUGAGGUUACAAGUUGUGGGCGCUCAACAGAAUGCAUUUAGGAUCACAAUUUUGCAGUAUUGUGGAACAUGUUUUUAAACUUUUAUUUUAAGAGGGGUUUUUUUUCCUUCUAAGAAGUACACUUUCAUAUGCCAGCAGCACCUGUAACCAAGGAAAACUGCAUUAUUUAUGCACAUUAUUUGGAGCAAAAUUUUGCUAGUGUUAGACAGAUUUUAAAAUUAUCAAAGAAGCAAUGUGAUGUUGAUGUCUUUCUUUUGUAUAAAAGUGACCUUAGAUGACAACAAUUUAAAAAUUAGCAGAAUCUGUGCUUCAAAACCAUAUGUCAGUGGUUUGGGGUUCUUCACACCAAACCAGUGGUUAAUCUUUCCAGUAAUUAAAUCCGCAGUGGCUUGCUUAAUAUUCCCUCCCUGAAGCAUUUGUUCUAGAUGUAGCUACUUUAAGAGGUCAAAAUCUCACACAAGGAAAAAAAUGCAUUUGUACCUUGCAAGUUUGUAUAAAGCAAAUAAAUAAAAAUUGAUGGUUUGUAAAUAGA